AUGGCAGGCGACAAGUGGUGGAAUCGCGGCGACCUCAUAUCGUGUGCUCUUUGCUCAGUCGACAAGGGUGCCAGUUUUGGAGGUGCCAACGCCGUGUCCACCAGCCACAGCGUGCGGGCGCCCAGGGCGGAGCAGACCCGCGCCAAGCAGCACCAGGAGCAGCUCCAGGAGAAGGACUUGGAGAUCGCCCGCCUGCGCGAGCAGCUGCAUGCAGGAGGCGGGGCUGCCUCGGCCGCUGCAGGCGCGGAGGGCGACGACGCCGAGGACCCCGACCAGCAGAAGCGCCUCAUGGAGAUCGAGAGCGCGCUCAAGGAGAAGCCCGUGCGCGGCCAGCCGUUCGCGGGCCCGCCGCACCACUACACGGCCCGCAUCGAGGCCCUCGAGAAGCAGCGCGCCCACCAGCGGAAGGAGCUCGCAAGCUUCCAGCAGCAGCGCGAGCUGCUCGACGUCGCCAUCGCCGACACGGAGAAGGUGCUUGCGGGCCUUGACGCCGACAUCCAGGAGCCGGAGGCCCAGCGGUGGCAGGUGCGGGGCGCGGUCAAGCGGGUGGGCGAGGCGGCACUGAACAGGGCCCCCAAGCGCAGGAAGCCCAAUGAGUGA